UGAAUACCCCCACUGCUUAAUUGCGUCCCUUGCCUCUAUCCGCAACCCCACCCUUUUUCCAGGUGUGAAACGGGCAAGCGGCUCAAAACAGCUGCCGAGGAUACUGAAUACUGCUUAGUUCACAGCACAUCUGAUUGGCCCACACAACUUGAAGCGACUCUGAAGCUUGAUCACUUGUGUUCCUCUUUUCCUCGGCACUCCUCCAUCACUCUUCUACUCCACUCUACCCUCCCCAACCACAUUCACCAUGCAGAAGUUCUCGAGGCUCGGCCGCAUGGGCCAGAGCCUUGCUUCGCGCAGGCAAAUGGCCACUGUCAGCGAUUCACCGCUCUCCCGCAAGGUCGAAAUGACCAACUGGGAGAAGGGCAACUUCAUCAACUACCAGAAGAUGAGCGAGAACCUCCAGAUUGUGCGUGGGCGAUUGAACCGUCCGCUCGCGCUCGCUGAGAAGAUUCUCUACUCCCACUUGGACGACCCGCACAACCAGGAAAUUGAGCGUGGCAGCAGCUACCUCAAGCUCCGUCCUGACCGUGUAGCUUGCCAGGAUGCCACUGCUCAGAUGGCCAUCCUCCAAUUCAUGUCAGCGGGCAUGCCCUCCGUUGCUACGCCCUCCACCGUCCACUGCGAUCAUCUUAUCGAGGCUCAGACUGGUGGUCCUAAGGAUUUGGCUCGCGCUGUCGAUAUCAACAAGGAAGUUUACGACUUCUUGUCUAGUUCUUGCGCAAAGUACAACAUUGGUUUCUGGAAGCCUGGGUCUGGUAUCAUCCAUCAGAUCAUCCUCGAGAACUACGCUUUCCCUGGUGCUCUGCUCAUCGGUACCGACUCGCACACUCCCAACGCUGGUGGUCUCGGUAUGGCCGCUAUUGGAGUUGGAGGUGCUGAUGCCGUUGACGUCAUGGCUGGUCUUCCCUGGGAAUUGAAGGCUCCCAAGGUCAUUGGUGUUAAGCUCACUGGCAAGCUUUCAGGUUGGACAUCUCCCAAGGAUAUCAUUCUCAAGGUUGCUGGCAUUCUUACCGUCAAGGGCGGAACUGGCGCCAUCGUUGAAUACUUCGGCCCUGGUACCGAGACUCUGUCAUGCACGGGCAUGGCCACAAUCUGCAACAUGGGAGCCGAGAUUGGUGCUACCACCUCCGUCUUCCCCUUCAACGACCGCAUGUACGACUACCUCGCUGCUACCAAGCGUAAAGACAUUGGUGACUUCUCUCGCGAGUAUGCUCAGGAGCUUCGCGAGGACGAGGGUGCCGAAUACGACCAGCUGAUCGAGAUCAACCUCUCUGAACUCGAGCCUCACAUCAACGGUCCCUUCACUCCCGAUCUUGCUACCCCCAUCAGCAAGUUCAAGGAGGCUGUCAAGGCUAACAACUGGCCCGCGGAGCUGAAGGUCGGUCUUAUUGGUUCUUGCACCAACUCCUCGUACGAGGACAUGUCUCGUGCGGCCUCCAUCGCCCGCGAUGCUAUGGAACACGGUAUCAAGUCCAAGGCUAUCUUCAAUGUCAGCCCCGGCAGUGAGCAGAUUCGUGCCACAAUCGAGAGAGACGGCCAGCUCAAGACCUUUGAGGAGUUCGGCGGUAUGGUUCUCGCCAACGCUUGCGGUCCCUGUAUCGGGCAGUGGGACCGUCAAGAUGUCAAGAAGGGCGUUGCCAACUCCAUCGUAUCCUCCUUCAACCGUAACUUUACCGGUCGCAACGACGCUAACCCUGCUACCCACUCUUUCGUCACUUCGCCCGAUCUUGUCGUCGCCUUGAGCAUUGCUGGAACUCUCAAUUUUAACCCAUUGCAGGACACAUUGACAGACUCCAACGGCAAGGAGUUCAAGCUUAAGGAGCCUACCGGUAACGGUCUUCCCGACAGAGGUUAUGACCCUGGGCAGGACACCUACCAGGCGCCUCCUGCCGAUCGCUCAACCGUCAAUGUCGCCGUUUCGCCCACUUCCGACCGUCUCCAGCUCCUGUCGCCUUUCGAGGCCUGGAACGGCAAGGACGCCACGGACCUGCCCAUCCUGAUCAAGUGCAAGGGCAAGACCACCACUGACCACAUUUCGAUGGCUGGUCCUUGGUUGAAGUACCGUGGACAUUUGGACAACAUCUCCAACAACAUGCUUAUCGGCGCUAUCAACUCCGAGAACGGCGAGGCCAAUAAGGUCAAGAACUCUCUGAGCGGCGGGUAUGGUGCUGUUCCUGAUGUUGCCCGUGACUACAAGAAGAACGGCGUCAAGUGGGUCGUUGUUGGUGACUGGAACUACGGCGAGGGCUCUUCCCGUGAGCACGCUGCCCUUGAGCCAAGGCACUUGGGUGGUCUUGCCAUCAUUGUCCGCUCCUUCGCUCGUAUUCACGAGACCAACUUGAAGAAGCAGGGUAUGCUUCCUCUUACUUUCUCCGACCCUGCCGACUACGAGAAGAUCGGCCCCAACGACCGCGUCGACCUGAAGUGCACUGAGCUCGCUGUUGGCAAGCCCAUCACUCUUGUUGUCCACCCCGCCGACGGCGGCAAGGCCAUCGACAUCAAGCUCUCCCACACCUUCAACGAGGGCCAAAUGGAGUGGUUCAAGAACGGCAGUGCUCUCAACACCAUGGCCAAGGCGGCCAAGGCAUAGAUGUUUUAUGAAUAGUGAGGAUGAAAACUAUCGCCACUGGGGAUGUAGAUAUUGGGCGGGAUACCCCAGACGUGUCUGAUGAGGAUGAACGAAGAAGUCUGGUUCCGAAGGACAAGAAUAACGGCACACGAGACGACCGAGCGCCCUUUGAUUGGGUGGUCUGUGGCUGGAGAAAUUUUCUAUGAGCCUUUUCGGACUCGGUUCAGUUGGGAUCGGCUUGUAUUU